AUGCCUUACCCCCUGAACCCAUUCCUCGCUGCAUUCUUCAACAGCUCGUUACCGACCCAGUGCAACCCGACAAGCAAUCACAUUUUGUUGGUCCCGACAACUGAGGUGCUGCUGACAUGCCGCGACGCAGAGUUUGGCAACGCGGCCGUGGCGGAGCUCCCGAACCUGGAUGAGUUUCUUGCCAGCCAUGUCAUCCGCAUGCCCAACCCCCGGGUGGCAGCGGCAGCAGCCAAUGCAUCCGGCGGUAAGGAUGGCGGUGUUAAUCUACGGGAGAUGCGUGGCAAGGCCAAACCAUACGGCACCUUCAACGGUCGAAGCGUUGUUAUCAAGGACAACCUUGUUUACAGCAACAAAGGUUUCAAGAGUUUGAAUCACGCUACCUUGAUUGGCGACACCAUUUGGUACGCCGACACGCUGGAACCGAAGCCGUGGCUCAUUUACUAUAUUUCGCGACCCCUUCUUGGCAACUGGGAGCCGGUCACAACGACUCCAGCGAUUCUCCCACGGAUCAUACCUAGUAACACAACUGUCAAUGCUUUGGCGGCGACUGCUGCCGGCGAAGCUUCACCGAGGGGUCCAAUUCAGACCCAACAGCAACAAUCCAAGAUCGGCAGUGCAUCUGGCACCAGCGAUGACUCUGGUCCUUCGACACCACGAAAGAAGGAUAUCAAAAGCUUCCACGAUCUUUUGAACCACUUCCCUGUUAUCGCACGCCAGAUGCAACCGGGCCUGGAUAAAAUCUAUCGGGAGUUUACGAGUGCUUUUGAGCAGACCCUUCCUCUACCGCCCACAGCAAACCAUACUCCCGACUCGGAACUCGAUGGUUCCAUACAAGCAACCAUGAAAAAGGCACGCUUGAACAGUGUUGCAGACCCCCCCAGGCCCCCGGCUAAGAUCCAGGACCAACCUGUGGAAAGGAGCCGAGGUUUACUAGAGGGCAGUGCUGCAGCGGCGGAGUCGAACAGAGUCGAGAGCGCCAACAGUGGUGGCAGUAAUGGCAGUCAUGUUGUUUUGAAUGUAUCUGUUGCAACCAAUGGCACGGACGGCCAAAAUGGCUCAAAUAUGUCGACUUACAGCGGCAGCCAAGUUAGCGAAGAAUUUUAUCCCGACGAUGACGAGCAUGCGAUGCGGACCUCUCUUGAAACCGCCGUCACAACGGCCAUCGAUAUAUUCCAAGGAGUUGACAAACAACAACUAUCUCAUCUUGGUGCGACCACGGAUCUCACAGGCCCUUUGGUGGAGAGGCUGAUUGAACGGUACAUUUCGGAAAAUUUACACCACAUCAUCUUUCCGCACCUUAGUGCCCUGAAACGACAAGAAGACCUGGAACUCGAAGCUAAGAUUCGCCAAAUGGACUCCAUUGACUUGUCGCAGCUCGGCAUGGACAUCGACGGCGGCCCCAGAAAGAAGCAUGAAGUGACCCUCGCAUUGGGCCGCGUUGUGGAAGAGUUUCGAAAAAUAGCAACAGCAGCAUGUCCGCAGGAUAUGCUGUCUAUUCUCUUAGCGACUGUAAAGUCAGUCAGCCAGCUCACAAGCUCACCUCCUAAGGGCGACGGCAGUGACACCGACAAAGAUGCGACUGGAGAUGAUUCGAAUCAGGCAAAUGCCGAGAAGCCUCUCAUUAUGAUCAACGCCGACACACUGGUGUCGCUUCUUCUAUACAUUAUUAUUCGAGCGCAACAGCGGCACCUCUUGGCGCGCUUCAUCUACAUGCGCCACUUUAUCUUCAUAGAUGAUGUUGACGGUGGCGAAAUGGGCUAUGCAUUAAGCACAUUCGAAGCUGUGCUUACGUACCUGAUAAGCGACUCCAGUGGUCUUCGGCGCGCGAGUCGGCGCAACAAAUCUCUCUGGGAGGCGACGGCGAAGGGUGAUUUGGAUGCAAUCAAAGCCAUCAUGGAGCCGAGUCCUGAAGACGCUGUCGAAGCCAGAGAUGUCGACAGCGACAAUGGAGAAGAGGACAGCAGUUCGCGGCGCGUUUCUAGUGGUGAAUGGCAGUCAUCUCUUACGAGCUUUGGGUUCUCAAAUAGCUCGGCACCCAGUUCGUCGCGAUCGUCGAGAACGUCACGCCGUUCUUCGUUGGUUCUCUCCGAGUCCGAGGCGUAUUCCAGGGGUUCUGGUCUUGGACAUGUUUUUCCAUUUCAAGCGGAUAGAGGCGAUAACGGCACUGUCGACUUUUCGCUGCACUUUCCCAUAAAGCGAACAAAAAGGGUGGCUUUGGAUACGCGGAGUAUGUCAAGCAGCUCGGAGAUAUCGUAUCGCUCUCGUGCCACCAGUUUUGGCAGCAAUAUGGAUGGCAGCAUCGCAGGCGACAUUUCCGUCGAACGAUUGUCGAAAACACAUGAUUCUCUUGGCGAGUCACUCCUCAUGAUGGCAGUGCAGAACGAGCGGAUCGAAACCCUCAAAUACUAUUUGAGCUUGCGGGCCUACUUUCCGGUGAGCUUUGUACUCGGCGACGUCAAUCACGAGGAAACAACACUGUUGAGUGCUGCUGUUCAGCUGGGAAACAAAGAUCUGAUUAUGACGGUGAUCAAUGUCCUGGCUGACUCCGACGAGGUGACACCGGAUCAAAUGGCUGCCUAUUUUUCGCUGCAAGAUAUUUGGGGUCGUAGCGUUGCACACUACUUGUUUCAUGCGCCGUUCUUAAUUGAGUCAUAUGGCUCAAUGAUGCCUUGGCGACAGCGGGACAAGAAAGGCCAGACGCCACUGUUCGCACUCUGCCGAUCAUACGAUCACGAAGCUUACUAUGAGAUGGUCAGCGAAGGAAUCCGGGUCACGACAGCGACACAGAGCGACAGUGGACGACUACACGUUAGUGAGCAUGUCGAUGCGCGCGGUAACACCCUCUUGCACAUUGUCAACCAUACGCAGCUCGCGGCUCGUAUUCUGCAGCUUUGCGACGUGGAUGUCAACGCAGUGAACGACAAAAUGUUUACACCAUUGAUGGUGGCCAGCAAAUACGGACGGUUGCCCAUGGUUCAAACGCUCUUCCGUGACCCACGUGUUGAUAUUGGCGCCAAAGAGCUACGCGGCCUAACGGCAGUGGAGCUGGCCAAGGAUGACGAGGUGCGGAAUAAGAUUGACGAUCUGACGCUCUUAUCGAUGCCUUCGGGGCCAGACAUACGGACCACAUCGGUCGUCCGUUCUUAUUUCGUCGAGGAUGCAAGUGUGCGGUUCGUCGUCAAGUCAGGACAUGCUGUUUCGCCGGUCAGCUACGCGGUUACUACUUGCCGUCGAUCCCAGACUGACUUUGAGCACUUGACACGGUUGCUUGCGUUAGAGAAUCCGGCUUCUUGGAUUCCGUCUGUAGCGGGCCUCCGCUCACCUUUCCAGAUUCCCUCCAAGCCGAGUAGGGCCAUGUUGAAAGACUUACAGCUUCGUAUGGACUGGUUCUUGCGCAUGAUGAUCAUGCAUCCGACAUUUGCGCAGCAUGAGAUGUUGUGGGAAUUCAUUCUUGUUCCUGAUAUCCAACCUGAUAUGAUGGCCCAGCGGAGUAGGCUCAAAGCAGAAACCCGCGCCGAAAAGGUGCGGGACGAGCUGGAACCACUGACCGACAUACGUGAGGUUGAGCAGUUUGUGGACCACGCGCGCGAGCUGGUACGCGGGGUGAAUCAUUCGACCAAGAGCGUGAUGCGGCGGGCGAAUGCAGUCAGCAUAGCCUCCUCUGGUAUGUGCAUCUUUGACUUGAAUCCGUCUGGGCAACUAUCUGAUUAA